AUGGAGUUGUUUCUUAUCAGAGAAGCUCAACAACACUCAGCGGCCCUCUAUAUGCAGGCGAAUUCAACUCCAAUGCAGCUGGAUCCAGGGUCGCUGAACGAUGCGACACGAACACGGAAAUGGAGAGACAUGAGAAGGCAGGGCAGUGGCGUAGCGACAAAUUCGCUGCUGAAGAAAGCUAUAGCUAACCGCUUGAAGCCUACCGUAACUGGCGAUAAACUUCAACCUCCAGCAGAUCGAUCUCAAACUAAUGAACCGGGCACUAGCCCUAUGUCUGAAAAUGAUUUUAGUGCCAUUAGUGAUAGUAGUUCAAACAAGGUGGACACGGAUACCUCCAAAAAGGCGGCUGCUUCCACCAACUCGACCACUGGUGACAUUACAGAAAAAGCUAUAUCAAAGGCUGCAGUAAAGGCAGUGGCUCCGGAUCAGCUAAAGAAGUCAGUGGAAUCACCAAAAGACGGGAAUGCAAUAGCUCAAAGAACAAGUUUGACAGUUCAAGGUCAGAUCCAGCAAAGCGGCUCACCCGAUCUGGGCAAAAGCGGUGAGCAGAGACUAGAAUCAGCAGACUCAUCUCCCGAUAGAAAGAGUGGUGUUACUGACAAGAAGAUUGUCACUUCAGGAGAUACAAGUCGCCGUUCAUCUCCCACUAUUCGUUCGAAAGCUAACUCAAGUCGACAAGAAAAAUCUGGCAGCCCAUUGCAUUCUCCCGAUCCCCCUGCAAAGCAAGCAACUUCACAGUCAAGCCGGCCAGAGACAUCACAUAGUAACUCGGUGGCCUUGGAUAUCGUGGAACACCAAAAACGCCCAAGACACAAAAGUCGAAGCAUGGCGUCUGCUGAUAAUCGUAGAGAUUCCAAUAUUAGCGAAUCGUCGCGGAUAUCCUUCGCUUCGCAUAAGAGCGUCACAUUCAGCGAUCGUGUUCAGCUACAUGAAAUUGAACGGAAUGAGAUGUCGUCAAGCGAUGAAGAUGUGGCUUUGAUGAGCGAUGACGAGUUGAGCAAACGACCACUCAAUCGACACCGCCGUUUCACAUACACACGUCAGAGUGAGUUUGAAAAUGAACUUAUGAGCAAUCUAUGCAGCCCCCACGACGAUAAUGUCACAAUGGCUGAGGCUCUUUUACGAUCCACUGUGAUGUCCGAGGAUGGCAUAGAGAGGAACCAUAUUUAUGCUGGUGGAUAUCCAUCAGUUACAGAAGUAGAUAGCCGUGAAAUUGAAAGAAGAGGAUCUGACAGUUCACAGCUCAGCAUUAUGGAUGAAAAUCGUGGAUUUUCCUUGCAUCGUCAAGAGCGAUCAGCUGAAAUGCGUUCCACUGGCGUACAAGCUACUGAACUGUAUGAUGGACCGUAUCCGCAGUACUAUCCACACAUGCAAGCCCCCCUACCAAUGGAAACUUGUGAUCUUCCCCGUUCAGCAAGUGGAUAUUUUGAGGAAGAGGAAAGCGACGAUGACGCAGAGCCUCUUUCGUUUCCACACGUUGUCUACCCUGUUGAAGAGAUGUACUCACCUGGUGAUUCUCCUCUGUUCUUCCCAGGAAGGGAGCCCAGAGGAGAUAACCUUAUGGGGUUAGCGACUUAUGGCAACCUCCCAACGGCUGCACUGAAAGAAAAUGAGAACGAAUUGUCACAAGAACCACUCGAACAAAUCGCCCGAAUGGAAAUGGGGGUCCCACAGAACAUGUCCGAAGCACCACGAGGUGGUUCUCCAGAGCAGACUUCUCUGAGAGCUCAGCAUUUCAUGCAACACAGAGCGAGCCUCCCUGUUCGAAUGAUGACCGGUGGAAGACGUGGUGAAAGGAGCGAUAUCGAGGAGGAAAUGCGAAGACAGUUUCUUGUUCGAUUCGGGGCUGGAGGAAGAGCCCCUGUAGCUGAGGAGGAUCCAUGUGACCCCGUUCAUUCGAUGGGAUCUUCAGAUUCCGAAACUUUCAGUGGUUCUCGAGAUGAAGUUGGUCUGAGCCGACCGCUAGACGAACGAUACGACUUCUACCGUGGUGAUCGCAUUUCACAAGCGUUGGGUGCACCUCUUUGGGCAGGUACCGAGAAAAGCGAAAGUACUCAACGGAAAAGCAGUGGAUUUUCAUAA